CCAGAAUUGAAUGUAGCGGACUUCGUGGGCCUCCGGAAAUAAACAAAUAUCAUGAAGAGGCGAUGUUCUUCGUCGGGCGAACCUCGAGGGACGAGGCCUUCAAAGAGACUGCGUUCCAAAUCACACAGCGAGCCACGCCAAAAACAAUCUCAGCCGAUUGACAGUGCAGCAAAAGCACCAGCAGAAAACCAGGACGAAGAUCAAGCUCCUGCCGAAGCUCAGGAAGGGGCCGAAGCGAACGACAACCAAGCGCUUGAAGAAGCAGUCGACAAACGUAUCACGCAAGGGAUUCGGCGUUACGAGAGGGAUGACCAUUUCGAGAGGGACAUAUGGGACACGCUUAUGCAACUUGCUCAUCAACAAUCCCAGAACCUCUCCAGGUCUCUGGUCCAUUGGGGACGCAAAGGAGGGCUCCGAGAUACCAGGACAUCCAAAUCAUCCGCCAACAAAGAUCCGAAACCCUCAAAUCCCGCCCCCGAAAAUCUUGCAGCAAACACCGACGAAUCGCAAAAUCUGACAUAUGAUCCAACCGCCACUUCGUUCACAUUAUGGCCCCUUCCUACUCAAGCUUGUCCAAUCCCAGAAUGGACUUUGAAUGAAGAGUUAUGUUCCCUUGUGACUCGCAUUAAAAGAGAACGUUCACGUAACGAAGGCACAGAUAGUCCUCCAAUCGAUCACGAACUCGAGGAUGAGAAGGCGCAGAGUCUAGCCGAUCAGAACCAAAAAACGUUGAUGCAAUUAUUAAAUGACCUGUAUGAAUUCCAUCCACCCCACACAUCUUCGAUUCCGAUCUAUACGCGAGGAAAAACCUACAGAAAACUAGAUAAAGCAGCAAAGAAUAAGAGCAAAACAGAUCAGUCAACCGAUCCGAAAAAUGAAAAAGAAGUCGACUUUGGACUGAAUUGGGAGUUCGUGCUAGGAGUCGCUAGCUCAUCAACAUUCGAUAUCAAGGAGAGUGUUCUCCAGCGAGCUCGUGAAAGGUUGACUGAAAUGUACAGAGUCACGUCAGAACCUGCGAAUGGUCAAGCAACUGAUGAUCCCUUGCAAACAUCCCAGGCUGUCUCGGAUCCCAUUCAACAUUUACAACGAUACAGGGAAAUGAAGCCAUUGGCAUUAUCAUCAGACGAAUCAUCGUAUCAUUCAUGUUGAAAGAAAUUGCCUACCUGUGUCCUCUGUCCAUCUUGUCAUUUUAUCGUUCUCCUUCUUGCGCCGGUCCUAUCCAAAUAAUUCUUGUCAAAUUUGUAUACUUUUACCCGCAUGUCUCCCUGUAAAAUCACCCUUCGCAUCCCAUCGUCGAACUGCUUGAAGACUUCAUCGCUCAGUCUCCUUGAUGAUUCAAAUCAAGUUCCUGCUGUAUUUUGUAACUCGCCCAACAAGUCCUGAGCAUUUCCAGACCACGGUAUAGAAAUAUUCUAGCUUCCAGAUUGCUA